UGUAGACGCCCACAUGUCACCAAAGUACCGCAGGUGACCCAUUGCUUAAUCUUACCAUAUGUAAAUAGUCAGUCAAGUGACCUGUCCAAUCACAGGCCUGCAGUUAUAUAACCCUCUGAACCAUUCACUUACUUUCUUUUUGGAAUACAAACCGCCCAAUUGUCUCGUGUUAGAUAUUCCCAGUUCUAACAGUGCUGCAUUUAGCUAAGCAAUUUCAAGUUGAAAAGAACAAUGUCAAAUGGUUGGAAAAAAUUAUUUCGCUUGAAAACUUUAAGAAAAGAGGACUUAGAGAGAUCUGACCUUGCUCGUGUGUUGAAUGUAGCUGAUUUGAUUUUCCUGAGUCUUGGCUGCACUGUGGGAGCUGGGGCCUACAUCUUAACUGGAAAAAUUGCCUUAAGUGUGGCAGGUCCUUCGAUUGUUCUAUCCUUCCUCAUAGCUGCUCUUUCUUCAUUACUUGCAGCUUGUUGUUAUGCGGAAUUUGGAGGAAGAAUUCCACGCGCAGGCUCUGCCUAUACUUACACUUACAUAACUCUUGGUGAAUUGUUGGCCUUCAUUGUUGGAUGGAGUCUCAUAUUGGAAUAUGCUAUUGGUGUCGCCAGUAAUGUGAAAGCUUUAACAACCAAUUUCGAUAGUAUGGUUAACGGAAAUAUCUCAGCAUAUUUAAAAUCUGUGCUACCGAUGAAGUCCUACAUUUUUGGUAGUUACCCUGACUUUCUAGCAUUUUCCAUUGUAAUGCUUUUAACACUCAUUUUGCUUUUUGGGGUGAAGGAAUCUGCCAUAGUGAACAACGUAGCCACUGGAAUCAAUUUAUACGUUCUCUGCUUUAUCAUCAUCUGCGGAUUCUUUAAAGCUGAUUUCAAGAACUGGACUAUCAAAAAUGAGAUUGCUUCUGCAUAUUCCGCAGGAAAAGGUGGGUUCUUCCCUUAUGGUGUGUCUGGAAUGUUCAAAGGAGCAGCCACUUGUUUUUAUGCUUUUGUUGGGUUCGACACAAUUGCCACAACAGGUGAGGAGGCACAAAAUCCACAAACUACAAUUCCACUGAGUAUUCUAGUUUCACUGCUGAUAAUCACAUUGUUGUAUGUAGGGGUUUCUGCUGUGGUGAUCCUUAUGUGCCCUUACUAUCUUGUCGAUCCUCUCACACCACUUACCAAAGCCUUUGAGUAUGUUGGUUGGGGCCAUUACAAUAUUAUCAUCUACAUUGGCAUUGUGUGUGCCCUGUCUACCAGUAUAUUCUCUUCCCUGUUUCCUCUUCCAAGAAUCGUGUAUACAAUGGCUAAUGAUGGCAUCAUCUUUAAGCAUUUUUCCACCGUUUCAAAUAAAUUCAAAACGCCUUGGUUAGCUGUAUUGGUGUGUGGAAUUCUUGCAGCUAUCAUUUCUACAAUCUUUGAUCUUGGUCAAUUAAUCGAUAUGUUGUCUCUAGCAACAUUGUUAGCUUACACGCUGGUCAGCAAGAGCAUCACUGUACUCAGGUACAGAAGGGUUAUACUUCAGACAUCCGAGUCUAUUCCAACUGAUACUGAUGAUGUUUCACUUGGACAGGAUGAAUCGUCGGUGUUUCUUAGGGAAUCAAUAAAAUCUAAAUUCUACAGAUGGUUUAACCCCAACUCUACACUUCCAACUAAAUCUACAGAACAUGUUGCAUUGAUUGCUUCUGUUUCAUUAACUUUUGUCGUUGUUGUUCUCAUCUGCAUUGUCUCUUUGUUUGAGCAAAAGCUUCUUCAAAUCGAUCCAUGGGUGGUUGUUAUUGUUUCUCUAUUGUCACUGGUUAUCAUAAUUUUGUUGGCCCUCAUUGCCAGGCAACCACAAAACCAGGAACAUGUACAUUUCAAGGUACCGUUUGUUCCUGUAUUCUCAGAAGUGAGUGCUAGUUUCAACAUGUUUCUUGUGACCAAAUUACCAUCUUCUGCAUGGAUCCGUUUUGGAAUUUGGCUAGUUUUAGGUUCCCUCGUUUACUUUGGUUAUGGCUUCAGACGGAGUAAAGAAUCCCUGAGAGAACAGAAUUUGGUCGAAGACCAAGCAUCAACAUCAGAAGGAACCCCAGCAUGAAAGUUAGGAGUUUGUUACUGUGAGUUGUAGGAAAUGAAUUGGAAUUAAAAAAGAAAUCAUUGUUACUUUCAUGUGUUGAAUCAGCUUAACUUCCCAAUCGCUAUGAACACUGAAUCAUUUAUAUAUUUCAAUCAUUAUGACAAUUCAAUUUAUUGGUAAUCUUUAAAUACUUUGAUUGACCUAUGACAGUUGACUUUGCGGUAUUCCUCAAUCACUACAGAAAUCAAAUCAGUUAUAUAUUGCCCCCCCCCCCCAACAACUACGAAGAUUAAAUCAGCCGAAAACCAUACCUGCCAAAUAUCGAAUCGGUCUU